UGAGCCAUGUUACAACUAACAAAGAGCCCUCUUUUCUGUCCAGCAACUAGGGAAAUUAAGGGAAUGUCUUGUGACAGACCCAAGAUUUCCUUUUUGUGCAAUGAUCUAAACGAAAUCCAACUACAAAGGAUAUAUUCCAAAAAUAGUAAGAUAAAUGCAACAGUUAUUGACGGCUUUAAAGCUGUUACUAAAGAACUAGAGAUGCCAUCAAUGGUGGAUUCUGGCUUAGGAAUUGGAAUAUCCAAUUUUUUUGAAGGAAAGAACAUUUUCCUUACUGGUGGAACUGGCCUUCUAGGAAAAGUACUUGUGGAGAAGAUGCUAAGGUCAACACCACUGGGAAAAAUAUAUGUAUUAAUAAAAGCAGAUAAUCCGAAAGCAGCAUGGGAUAGAUUGUUUAAAGAACUUAUAAACUCGGAGUUAUUUGGAUGCAUACAAGAAAAACAUGGAAAAUGUUACCAAGAAUUUAUAAAGGAGAAGGUGAUACCAAUUGUUGGUAAUAUUUGUGAGCCAAACUUAGGCAUGGAUUUGGAUUCUGCUCGAGCAAUAAUGGAAGAUGUCAACGUUAUCAUUGAAUCUGCAGCUAUUACAACCUUGAAUGAAAGGUACGAUUUGUUACUUGACACUAAUGUUAAUGGCCCUCAAAGACUAAUGAGGUUUGCUAAAUCAUGCAAGAACCUUGAGCUACUUGUCCAUAUUUCAACCGUGUAUGUCAAUGGUGAGAAAGAAGGGAUCAUCUUAGAGGAGCCGUUAACUAUGGGGGAGAAUAGAAGAAAUGGCAACGGAGAAAUAUGUCUGCCCCUUGACGUUAGUGAUGAAAUAAAUUUGGCAUUGAGAUCAUGCAAGGCUACUUCAAACUAUGAUACCACCAAAGAUAUGAAAAGGCUUGGAAUGGAAAGAGCGAAGUCGUAUGGAUGGUACAAUACUUAUCACUUGACCAAAGCAAUGGCUGAAAUGGUAAUUCAUGAAACAAGAGGAGAUAUACCAGUGCUAAUCAUUAGACCAUCGGUUAUAGAGAGCUGCUAUAGAGAACCUUACCCCGGUUGGAUACAAGGAAAUAGGAUGUUUGAUCCGAUCAUUAUUUCAUAUGGAAAGGGACAGCUUCCUGCCUUUUUAGGCAAACCAGAUACACCCAUGGAUGUGAUUCCAUUAGACAUGGCGGUGAACACAACAAUUGCAGCUAUUGCUAAGCAUGGGAAAAUGCAUAAACCAGAAAUCAAUGUCUACCACUUGGCUUCCGAUCUAGUCAACCCAUUGCGAUAUUCACAAUUUUUUGAAUAUAUUCGCGAUUACUUCACCUCAGAGCCUCUAAUCCAGUCUGAAACUUUUACUCGAAUCAAUUACUAUGAUGAUUUAAAAAGUAUAAAAUAUUUUGACAAUUUCGACGAAUUUUCAAGCUAUACGAGAGACGAGAUAAAUGAACGAUUUGGCGGGAAGACGAAUCAGAUCAAAAUACAAAAGCAAUGUAAAGCAAAAGCUGCAUAUGCUGAGAACUUGUGCAAGAUGUAUGAAUUUUUAGGAUUUUUCAAAGCAAGGUUCGAUGUUGGCAACACGCAGAAAUUAUUGUCUGAAAUGUCGAUAGAAGAGAAAAACAGCUUUGCAGUUGAUGUAAGAGAAAUAAAUUGGAGGAAAUAUUUUCAGGAAAUUCACAUUCCUGGUUUGAGAAAGCACGUGCUCAACGACAAAAGGAUAUCUCUCUAGUGCUAAUGAAUUUGUUAUGUUUGACGUUUUCUUUCUUCCUGUUUAAUGCAAGAGAGGAUGCUACUACGUGUAUUUUUAUUUGGAAAAAUUCUAAAAAUUAUGUCUUAAUAAUAUAC